ACAUUUUCUCUAGCUAUCUAUAUUAACAAAUUUAUCAAUUUUUUUAAAAAAACAUUAAUUAGUCCUAAGUUGAUAUGGAGAGGAAUGGUGAUGCUUCUGCCGCUACCGCUCCAAUCAUCUCUUCUUCUUCAUCUCCUCCACCACCGCGGGUAGUGCUCAGCCCAUGCGCUGCUUGCAAAAUCCUAAGGCGGCGUUGCGCUGAUAAAUGCGUUUUGGCACCGUACUUCCCUCCAACGGAUCCGGCCAAGUUCACUAUCGCCCACCGCGUCUUUGGAGCCAGCAACAUCAUUAAGUUCUUGCAGGAACUUCCAGAAUCACAAAGAGCUGAUGCGGUGAGAAGUAUGGUGUAUGAAGCAGAAGCAAGAAUAAGAGAUCCGGUGUAUGGAUGUGCGGGUGCCAUAUACCAUCUACAAAGACAAGUCAGUGAACUACAAGCACAGCUUGCGAAAGCUCAAGUGGAGAUGGUGAAUGUGCAACUUCAAAGAUCAAGUUUACUAGAGUUGAUUUACAACAUGGACCAAGUACAGAAACAAGAACAAGACAAUAUGUCCUUUGAGAGCAAUGAUUUGGGAUUCCUUGAAGACAACUCUAACACCAACUCAUCAAUGUUGUGGUGGGAUCCUCUUUGGACAUGAUCACGAUCGAUCACUACUAAGUUUUUUUGACGACUACACUUUAAAGCCCUCUCUAGUAACUUUACGCAUGCAGGGUUAGU